AUGCACAUCACAGCAGACAACAUCUUCAACAUCUUCAUCACAGCCGGAGACGUGAUGCCGAGCCACCCUCUUCGUGUUGCGGUUGUUUGCUCUAGCAACCAGAACCGCAGUAUGGAGGCUCACAAUAUCCUCAGCAAACGUGGGUUUGCCGUCCGUUCAUUUGGCACAGGGUCACAUGUGAAGUUGCCAGGCCCUGCACCGGAUAAGCCAAAUGUGUACGACUUCAAAACUACAUACGAACAGAUGUACAACGACUUGGUUCGCAAGGAUAAGGAACUAUAUACGCAGAAUGGUAUUCUUCAUAUGUUAGACCGCAACAAGCGCAUCAAAUCAAAGCCGGAGCGCUUCCAAAGCUGCAAGGACAAGUUUGACCUGAUCAUCACCUGUGAGGAGAGGGUGUAUGACCAAGUGCUAGAGGACUUUCACUCCAAAGAGGAAGAGUGCUCGCAGCCUGUGCAUGUCAUCAAUGUAGAUAUUCAAGAUAACCAUGAAGAAGCCACGCUGGGUGCCUUCCUUAUUUGUGAACUCUGCCAAUGUCUUCAGCACACUGAUGACAUGGAGAAUGAAAUUGACGAGCUCCUACAGGACUUGGAAGAAAAAAGUAAAAGGACUUUUCUACACACAGUGUGCUUCUACUGA